GCGUCAAACUUGCCGCCAUCCCCAAAGCCGCCGUGGUCGGCGCGAGGCAGUGGGCGGGGCUUCCUCCAGCACGACUUCCGGCCCGUGUGUGUCCUGUUUUCUCGCCCAGCAGUGACAGCAGCAACGGAGGCGGCCGCCGCCGCCGCGAGGAGGAACCAGAACCGGUCAGGUUAGGGCAGGCUGCGCUGAGGUGGUGGCCGCCAUGGAGUAACUGAGCCGGAGUUAGCAGCGGUCAGCCGCGCCCCGCUGUGGGGCUGCACCUCCUUCCCGCGUAGGCUGUGAGGCAAACGUGCAGUUAUAACAAUGGAGUCCAUGCUAAACAAAUUGAAGAGCACGGUUACAAAAGUGACUGCAGAUGUCACUAGUGCAGUCAUGGGGAAUCCAGUUACCAGGGAAUUUGAUGUUGGCCGACAUAUUGCUAGCGGUGGCAAUGGGCUUGCUUGGAAGAUUUUUAAUGGCACUAAAAAGUCAACAAAACAGGAAGUGGCUGUUUUUGUAUUUGAUAAAAAGUUAAUGGACAAGUAUCAGAAAUUUGAAAAGGAUCAGAUUAUUGAUUCUUUAAAACGAGGAGUUCAGCAGCUAACAAGACUUAGACACCCUAGGCUACUAACUGUGCAACAUCCAUUAGAAGAAUCACGGGAUUGUUUGGCAUUUUGUACAGAACCAGUUUGUGCAAGUUUGGCUAAUGUACUUGGUAACUGGGACAAUCUUCCCUCACCUUUACCAUCUGAUAUCAAGGAAUACAAACUUUAUGAUGUGGAAAUGAAGUAUGGUCUGCUUCAGGUUUCUGAAGGCUUGUCAUUUCUACAUAGCAGUGUAAAAAUGGUCCAUGGUAACCUUACACCUGAAAACAUAAUUUUGAAUAAAAGUGGAGCGUGGAAAAUUAUGGGAUUUGACUUCUCUAUUCAAUCUAUAAAUCCAUCUGAGCAAGAGCCAAAAUUCUCUUGUAAAGAAUGGGACCCAAACUUGCCAUCUUUGUGUCUUCCAAAUCCUGAAUAUUUGGCUCCGGAAUACAUCCUUUCAGUGAGCUGCGAGACAGCCAGUGACAUGUACUCUCUAGGAGCAGUUAUGCAUGCUGUAUUUAAUAAUGGAAAGCCUAUUUUUGAAGUCAACAAGCAAGAUAUAUAUAAAAGUUUCAGCAGACAGUUGGAUCAGCUUAGCCGUUUGGGCUCCAGCAACCUUCAAAACAUCCCAGAAGAAGUCCGUGAGCAUGUAAAGCUAUUGUUAAAUGUAACUCCUGCAGUCAGACCAGAUGCGGACCAAAUGACUAAGAUACCUUUCUUUGAUGAUGUUGGGGCCAUGACACUACAGUACUUUGAUUCUUUAUUCCAAAGAGAUAAUCUUCAAAAGUCACAGUUUUUUAAAGGAUUACCAAAGGUUUUACCAAAAUUACCGAAGCGUGUCAUAGUGCAAAGGAUUUUGCCUUGCUUGACCUCUGAAUUUGUAAACCCAGAUAUGGUACCUUUUGUUCUGCCUAAUGUUCUGCUCAUUGCGGAGGAGUGUACCAAAGAAGAGUAUGUAAAGCUAAUUCUACCUGAUCUCGCCCCUGUUUUCAGACAGCAGGAACCAAUCCAGAUUCUGUUGAUAUUUCUUCAAAAAAUGGACUUGCUACUAACCAAAACGCCUCCAGAUGAAAUAAAAAACAGUGUUCUACCGAUGGUUUAUCGAGCCUUAGAAGCACCUUCAAUUCAGAUACAGGAACUCUGCUUAAACAUAAUUCCUACAUUUGCCAAUCUUAUAGACUAUCCAUCGAUGAAAAACUCAGUGAUACCAAGAAUUAAAAAUGCAUGUUUACAAACAUCAUCUCUUGCUGUCCGUGUAAAUUCCUUAGUCUGCUUGGGAAAGAUUUUGGAAUACUUGGAUAAGUGGUUUGUACUUGAUGACAUUCUGCCUUUUUUGCAACAAAUUCCUUCCAAGGAACCUGCAGUCCUUAUGGGAAUUCUAGGUAUUUACAAAUGUACAUUUAGUCACAAGAAGCUGGGAAUUACAAAAGAGCAACUUGCGGGAAAGGUGCUUCCACAUCUGAUUCCUCUUAGCAUUGAGAACAAUUUAAAUCUCAAUCAGUUUAAUUCCUUCAUUUCGGUCAUAAAAGAGAUGCUAAGUAAAUUGGAAGCUGAGCAUAAAACCAAACUUGAACAAAUUCAUAUUAUGCAAGAACAACAAAAAUCUUUGGAUAUAGGUAAUCAAAUGAGCAUACCUGAUGAAACGAAAGCCAAUAGUACAGGCAAUCAGAUUGACAGAGUGUUUAACAAUCUAGGGAGUGAUAUCUUGACUGGUGGAUCUGAUUGUAAAGAGAAUGGACUGUUGACAAAUCGGAGAAAGGGAUCACUUACACUUGAAGAAAAGCAAAAGUUAGCAAAAGAACAAGAACAAGCACAAAAACUGAAGAGCCAACAGCCACUUAAACCUCAGUCUCACACAGUUGCUGCUCCGGUAAAACAGACAAAAGACUUGACAGAUACUUUGAGAGAUAACAUGGCAUCAUUGACAAAUCAACCCAUCAACAAACCUAAAGUUCCUUCUUCAAGCAGCUUUUCUUCAGUUCCAUCUAUGGGCAUUGGAAUGGGGUUUUCGUCGCCUGCCGAAAGCACUAAGAGAAAUGGACUAAAUGCUAAUAUGGGAUUUCAGCCUUCUGGAUUCAGCAUGGGGGUUGGCACUGCAAGCCAGAAUUUCUUCAGUAAUGCUGGUGUCACUGGAAUGGCCAACAUGAAUAUGUUGCCAACAGCUAACAUGCCAACUUAUAGCCCUAUGAGCACUACAGCUGCAGUUUCACAGCCAGCACAGCAAAGCAGGCCACCUGAUAUGUCUCCUUUAGAUAGCCUGUUUGGGCCUCAAAAACCCAAAGUUAGCAUGAAUCAAUUGUCACAACAAAAAACAAACCAGUGGCUUAAUCAGUUUGUACCUCCUCAGGGUACCGGCAGUUCUGUUUUGGGAACACAGAUGAAUGUAGUGGGACAAUCUGGCUUUGGCUUACAGGGAAAUCCUUUCUUUAAUCCUCAGAACUUCUCACAGCCAACAAAUAGCAUGACAAGCAGCAGCUCAGCUAGCAAUGACUUAAAAGACCUCUUUGGGUAAUAGUUUUAAUCCUGGGCAAGCUAUUUAACAUCUCUUUAUGUCUGAUAAAAAGCUGAUUUGAGGAAACUUCAUCUAGCAAAAUGGACAAGAAAAAAAGCUCUUUCCAGGAUGACUUAGUACUACACUUUAUUUGCCUAUGCAUUUGUUUUUCUUAGGCAUUGAAUGGUCCCUGUCCCUAAUUUUACAGUUUUGAGGUCAGGUCGUAUCAAUUCAACUACCCAAAGUUAUGAAAAAUCAGAAACUGCAUACCUCACAACUUCAGGAAUUUAUCUUCUGACCACUGUAGUUCUACAAAUAAACAUGCAUCUUACAAAUAAACAUAAGCAGUUAGGUGGCAGUUGCUGAUAGGUUAGGCUCACCAAAUGCACAAGACUUUCAAAUCUGUGCUAAACUCUGGUCUGUUGAUCUUGUAUUUUCCAAAUUUGGUAUGAUAUUGAGUUCUAAAUACAUUUUGGUAUAGGAUGGGUUGUAGUUGGAUGCAUGAUUUGUAUGGAACGUUCUGUAAACAUACAAGACUAAGGUUUUGAGGAGAAAUAAAGAUAGUUUGCAUCACUGUAUAGUUAACGCAACAAGUAGAUACUCCACAAUAGUAGAGAAUAAGAUAUAUUGAAAAAGAAUGGUUUCCUUCCACAGAGAGAUUCUCUUUAUGUCCCAGAAAACUACUGCUUGGGUGGUCAUACUAUGUAACUUGCCUACUGAUUCCAAAUGCCAAAAUGUCAGCCCUGUACAAAAGAAGCCAUAAUGGUGAUCUUGAAAAUCUUACCUACAAAAUGUAAGAUAACUUAAUCAUGCUUAUGUUUAUACUUAAUAUCUAGUCACUAAAAAUAUACAAGUGCAAAUUAAUGAACAAUUUUUUUGGAUCAUCCUAUAAAGAAAUUUUAUCACUUUAGAAUUUAGAAGUUACUUUCAUCACACUGAAUUUUUCAUCAAGUGUUAUGGAAUGGUCUUGCACCUCUUCAGCUUCUGGCUGCUUCCGAGACUAGUUUGUCAGCCCUCGGAUAAUACUUGUUAUGGAUUCAGUCAAUAGACUCGAAUGGAUUUAUUUAGAUUUGAAAGUACAUUACAAAGUAAGAUGAUGGAGCAGUGUGUUAAAACAGGUUGUUUAAUUUAGUCCAAACCAUUCUCUAUAUAGUUUUCAAAGUCAUCUGAAUGGAAACUCUUCUAAUGGCAGACCUGGAAGUUUUUGCAAGGUUUUUUUGUUUGUUUGUUUUUGCAUCUUGGAAGUAUUGCUCCAAAAACACUUCCCUAAACCAGAAGCAGCAGUAACUCCUGCUUAGCAAGAGAGGAAUAUUGUACACCUUAUGGUAGAAUCUCUACCCUGCCAGCUAUUUCUACUGGGCUUUAACUAUUUCUUUCCUAGGAAUUUUGGGACCUUUCUUACAUAAUACUUUGGACUAUAGCUGGUUAUUUUGAGAAGGAAGGAAUUAGUUACCUUUUUUUAUAGAAAGCCUACACACUUUAUUUUUCAAAGCCUUUCACUGAUUUGUUUCCAUUUGCUGCUUAAGAAACCAAAGGGCCUUAUGCUGUAAAUGUGAGUUGUAUUUUGUUAAAUUAUAUUACCAAUUUUAAGCAGUAAUAAUGUUCAAUAUAUCUUAUAAGAACUUUGUAUUAUAGCUGCUGCCUUAGUACUUUUAUUUUGUAUCUUUGGGACCAGUGAUAAAAUUGUGUUUAAGAAAACCUCCACUCAUGUUAUUUAUGUGGUGUUGAUACUCUCACUGAACUAUGCUUAAUUAGCUACAUAAUUUUGUUUAUUAAGCUACAUAAUGAUGUUUAUUAAAUGUGUUAAAAAGUGUACAUGCAGUUCUUUGUAUGGUCUCCAGGUUUCUUAAAACCCAGAAUUCACACUUAUGGCUUAGAACAAUUUUCCCAGUGUUAAAAACAAAGACACCGGGGGCGAGCGGGGGAGGAGGACAGCUCAGAUGUACAAAACUCUCAUACAGCAUGUGCAAAGCAAACUUCUUUUUAAAAAAGAUUAGCUGUUUGCUUGUAAAAUCACAUACCCACAUUUAGGGAUUGCCUUAAAUCAAAACAAUAUGACUUCGGUACUUACAACACUUCUUUGUUAAUGGUUUGUAGACUUUCAGAUUUGAUGAUUUCAUUGAGCCUUAUUGAGGGGAGAGAAUGUUAGUCUGAUUCCUGUCAAGAAGUGAUGUGGAUACAGAUCUCUAUUUCAGUGCUACAUAUAGUGUGAGCUUUGAUCCUAAUUGAAGAAUGCCGGUCUUGUUUGUCAUUAUUUGUUUAUAGUUGAAAUUCUGAUAUGAUCUAAGGCUGUAAGCAAAAUAUACCUUAUAAUAAUGGGAGGGACAACAGCCCUUCCUAUCUAUUCAGCAUAAGUGUUUGUGAAGCACCUGGGUACCUGACUGUUGUCUCAGUUACAAUGUCUCUGUGUUAAUGUUUUUGCUCCUUAAUACAGCGUAGUCUGUAUGCUGCCCUAAAUUAGUCAUAAUCUGGAUGCUGCCCAUUGUGAUUAGUUUUUGGAAGAUACCAGAGAGGAACAAAAAUUGUCUUUCAAUAUAACAUGAAUUGUUCUCCAUGCACUAUGUAUCAAAUGAAUUUCUAGUAAACUUGUUUCUUCAAAGAUAGUUAAAGUGAGAGAAUAUGGAUUUUAAAUUAUGUAACAGUUGUGUGAGGAAAGGGAAAAUUUCACUGUUUUCCUGGCAGAGAUGUUUGCUUAGCCUCUCUAGCAUCUAUGAGGUGGCCAAUUCUUUAGGCAAUUGUGGUAUAUUUAAAUGGGUUUCAUCCUAUUUAGACUGGAUUCCCUAUAAAGUUUGUUGAUAAAAAAUCUCUCUGACCCCUGAAUGCAUACAAGCGUCAUUACAGCUUUCUUCCUUUUACAGUGAGCCAAACCAAGGAGCUGCUAUGGCUCAAUAGGAUGCUUGGAUAAUGUUAGUGGUACCUACACUACCUUUCCUUUCUAACUCACCUGUUCAUUAUGACUGGAAAUUUAUACUCUAUCAGCACCUUUUAUGAGACUUGACAGGGUUCACUAGCACAAGUGUGAUGGUUGAAAAGCCCUGUAGUGUGGAGGAAGAUAAAAGUAAAGUAAAUUCUUUAGUGUACACUUGAUGAAUUGGCCUUAUUUAAAAAAAAAGUAUGAUUUUAAUUACUGAAGGUAAGCUACUACUCAUUCCCAUUGUUAGCUUCAUAGAUGCCUUGGUACAAAUUUCUAAAGUGACUUCAAAAAUAGAUGCAAAGUAUUUUUAAAAAUACUUUCAAGUUUCUCCUCUUUAACAGUGAUCAAACCCUGUUUGCUCAGCAUGAACUGAAAUUUUAACUGAAUAAACUUUUGCUGGUCUCAGGAAAGAGCAUGAGCAGUGUUGUCUCCCUAGUUAACUGUCCUGGUGGAGGGGGCAGAAUACCAAGUGAUCCUUGGAAAGAUAGUACAGGUUAGUUGCUGCAGUUCUUCUGUUGCAAAAAAGAUCAUUUGGAAGACCACUAACCUUCUCUGUCUCUUAUGGGAACAGUUCCCACCCCAGAGGAAUCUGAAAGUACUACUUAAGGAAGGAACAUUUUAUAUUGAGUAAUUCUUAUGGUUUCCCCCAUAAAAAUAACAAUAUAAAAUGAGCCUACUCUUGUAGAAAUGCAAUGGUAAGAAUAAAAGCUGUAACUUGAUCUGUGGCUCUAGAACAGGGCUGCAGAACUUAGGCCCUCCUGCAGAUGUUAAGACUACAAUUCCCAUCAUCCCUAUUGGCCACUGUGGCUGGGGAUAAUGGGAGUUAUAGUCCAACAGCUGGAGGACCAAAGUUGUGCAGCCCUGAUGUAGAGCAAUACUGUAAUUUAUAUGGACAGCUUUAUUCUUUAAGAAGCUGAAAUUCAAACUUGUACUAACAUAUAAGUAACAUAGUCUUCUGCUGCUUUUUAAAUAUAUAUAUAAACAUAUAUAUAUUUACUUAAACACAAAACUGGCAAGCAGUUGGACACUAAUGAGUUUUGUUGUUACUUGAUUAUUUCAGUGAGAGUGUCAAAUUUGUGACAAUUUUCAGUUUUUCAAGAUAAGUUCCACAUGGAAAAUUAUUUAUAUACCCAUGAGAUGAAUACAUCAAUCUAAAGAAAACUGCUGUCCACCUCCCAGUCAUGUGUUUCAAAAUGGACUUUGUGGAUUUUCUGAAUUUAGAUGAGUUUGUACCAUUUAAGGUUUUAAAAAUUCCGUUUUUAAAAACAGUUAUUGGAUAUUGCCUAUGUGUGUCUUUUUGGUAAUGUAAUAUAUACUGACGUUCACAUGAAUUGGUGAUUUCAUUAAUCUGAAACCCAGAUAUGCUGGAUCUGUUGUGGCAAUCUGCAUUCAGACAGAAAUUGACUUUACUGUAUACCCAAGGUUAUUACCUUGAUAGUUUCUUGGUUUCCAGUCCUGGCUUCAUCUAAAUCUUCAAAACAAAUGGGUCCCUUCAUACAGAAACUUGUAAAAAAUAAAUAAAUAAAAUAGUGAUUUACUUUGGAGUGCUAAAAUUCAGGCAGUUCUGAACACUGUAUAGAUUUCCCAAGUUGGAAGUUGAAUGUCAAAAUGGCUUUAUAUGCAUUGAACUCAGGCCUGGUUCAGAAUAGUUAAAAUCUAAUAGUACAGUCUCUCCUUUAGUGACAACUUUAUGUUUAGACUGUAAGGCAUUAACAUUAUUGUGUGUGAAGUGGUGAUGUUACUCGAGUGUUACUGUGGUUCAUGAUCAACAGAAUGGUUGGAGCAUGGCAUUCUAUUUUGGUUUAUUGGCCUUAAUGGCUCUUCAAAACAAAUCUAUUCUUAUAUCAACUUUUAAGAUUGGUAAUACUUAAUAUGUAAAAUGUACAGUGAUGGUUACAAUAAAUUCUUACCACUUUGUACUGUGAAUGAAAAAUUGUGUAGUUUUGAAAUCCUGAAUGAUGUUGCUUUAUUGAAAUAAAAAAACUUUUCAUAUUUUCA